AUGGCAACCGAAACGCUAACAGAGUCUCCGCGCUCGCAAAGGUUCGAGUCCCACGUAGCAUUCGACAACAUUCCCCUCGGCGAGUCGACCGAGUACAAUCCCAUCUCGUUCACCCUCAAUUAUCGACAUGCGGGCUUCCAAUUUAAGCGGCGGCAUCGUACAUUUAUGGUCGGCGUGGACGACAAUUCGUAUUCCGACCACGCUCUGCAGUGGCUGCUGGACGAGCUGGUAGAUGACGGUGACGAGAUAGUGUGUGUCCGAGUCAUCGAGACACAAGCGCGCCUGACCGAUAAGGCGUAUCAGGAAGACGCAAAAGCUUUGAUGGAAUCAAUCCAGGCCAAGAAUACCCAGAAUCGUGCCAUUGGUCUAGUAUUGGAAUAUGCUGUUGGGAAAUUGCAUAACACGUUCCAGCAUCUUAUAAAAAUCUACCAGCCGUCCAUGCUAAUCGUCGGUACAAAGGGCCGGAGCCUCGAGGGGGUCCAGGGUUUCCUCGUGAACCGGAGCUCUUUUUCGAAAUACUGUCUGCAGUAUUCGCCGGUGCCUGUCGUUGUUGUACGUCCUAAUGAGAAGCGCGAGAAGAAGAAGGCUAAGCGGGCGCAUGACCCGUCGAGGCAGAGCUAUGCGCAGAUGCUACUAGGACAACCCCACGAGGCAGAUAGCGAGAAUAGCAGUGUCUACGAGCUAGAGCCUAACCUCACAGCUGAUGAGGAGGCGCACCGCGUGGCCGUAGCCGUCGGGCUACCAGCAGCCUAUGACCCAACCAUCAAACCCAUCGACCCCGCCAGCCUGCUGAAGAACUCGGGCCGCAAACCCAUGUCAGAGGUGUCGAAGGAAGUUCUGGCAGUAGUCGCUAAGGGCGGCCUGCCUGCUGAGAAGAAGUCGCCAGAUCGUGAGGAAUCGGAAUCGGACUCCGAGGGGGAGUUCGAGGUUACGACGGGCGCGGAGCUGCUAAAGAGAGAGCGCCUACAUAAGAUGGAGUCGAAUGAAGGGGCCGCCCUCAGAGCCGAGACCAGGAAGCAUAGGUCCGGGUCUGCCGACAGUGACGAAGAUCCGCUAGGUGGGGCCGCCAAGACAUGA